CACCCCCUCCAAGCUCUAUGCCAGUUUACUAGUGUUUGCGCGCGUGCAUGUCUACUUGAGGAAAAAUACAAACACUAGCUCCUACUAGAGUUCAAGAUGUCUUCCAAAACCAGUCCCUCCGCCAUCGCUCUUUUCCUCACCCUCAACAUCCUCUUCUUCACACUCACCUCUGCAUGCGGCACUCACAAAUGCCGUGGCCCAAGCCCACCCCCAAAGCCAAAGCCAAGCCCAUGCCCUUCCCCUCCAGGUGGCUCCAGCACUCCACCAGGAGGCUCUAGCCCUUCCGCUGGCUCUAGCUCUUCAAACGCGACGUGCCCCACUGACGCGCUCAAACUUGGUGUUUGCGCCAACGUUCUGAGCGGGUUGCUGAACGUGACAUUGGGUCAAGUACCAGCGACACCAUGCUGCUCCGUUAUCCAAGGGCUAGCUGACCUUGAAGCUGCAGUUUGCCUCUGCACUGCCCUAAAAGCUAGCAUUUUGGGUGUCAGUCUCAAUAUUCCUAUCUCACUCAGCUUGCUCCUCAAUGUUUGCUCAAAGGAAGUCCCCAGCGGUUACCAAUGUGCCUGAUCAAACCGUUACCUACUUUCCCGUCGCGUUUACUAGUUGUGGCUUCUUUUAGUUCCAUUGAUCAGUGUGUGACAAUAAAGAAAUUCCCGAUGUUUUAUUACAUAUGUAAACCGCAAGGGAAUUAACCAAAUUAUGAUGAUGAACUUGUGCUAUUUAUUUUACUAAGAAAUUAUUGAAA